AGCCCGGGACACCCUGGGUGGUGGGUACAGUCUGUCCUGGCAGGCAGCUCACUGGCCAUUUGCUUCUCAGCAGUGCCACUGGCUCGCCUACAUCAUUCCAGGACAGCAGGGCUCCGGACACCCGUGCGCCCCGUGUGGCCCACCCACGCUUCACCCUGGAGGCCUUCGAGUGCCUGUCCGCGAGCCACGCGGGCCACCUGUGGGAGCAGCUGCGGCAGUUCUGGGCCGACCACUUCUCGCGUCGCUUCUCGCCGCGGAGGCCGCCGCUGCGGCGCAUCGCAUCCAUGUCCACUUUCUACCUGCUGGACCACCGUACGCGCCAGGCCGAGCUGGGGCUGAACUACGGCUCUCCGCGCACCCGACUGAGCGAUGAGGCCUUCGUGUUCCACGGCGGUCGCUGGACCGCGGAGAGGCAGCACGCACGCCGGCGGUCGCCGCUGCCCUCACCCACAGGCCGGACCUGGAAGUCACCAGCGCAGCCGAUCAAGAACCAGGAGGUGCUGCUGGAGGAGAACAACUACCUGAAGCUGCAGCAAGAACUGCUCAUGGACAUGCUGACCGAGACCACCGCGCGCCUGCACCUGCUGGAGAAGAAGGUGGACGCGGAUGUAGACCCUGCGGCUGCGGCGCGCGUCUGGCAGAGGAAGAUGCGCAAGCACGAGGGCCCGAGCGUGCUUGUGAUCCAGCCGCGCGCUCUGGAGUCGCGCGUGAUGUCGCAAUAAAGCCAUGCAUAAAGCAAUGCAUAAAGCCGAGCUGCGCGUGCGCGU